AGCUCUGUGGUUCUCAUCCUGUGCGGACGCAGCUGAGCGAGACUCACUGGUGUUCAAAUGGACCAAUAGAGAUCCCGCUGGGACCAGGAAACAUGAAAUACAGUGAGGGACACAAUGGACUCCAGCACUACAAAUCCCCAAGGCUGCAGUAUCACUGGAACCUCUAUUGCAUUACCACUCAUUACAAAAACCCAACCUCAGGGCAAAACUAG